CCCGCCUGGGGCAGGAGAAGCUGCCCCAAACUCCCAACCAGGCCUCCGUGCCGGGACCUCCACAUCUUCUUCCUCCUCCACUGAACCCUGGCUGCGCGGAUGCGUGUGGAGGGAAGAUACACGCGGGGACCAGCCAGGGACCCGAGCACAGAUGAAAGUGGAGGGGUUCGGUCAUGUGUGGACAGUAGCGGGGCUCCAUGGAAUGGGUAGUGAGAAGUCCCGGAGGAAGCAAGGCCCAGGAGAAGUAAGGGACCCACGAAGGGCACAGACCAGCUGCUCUGGCUGGGGACAGCAGCGGGUCGCGCGCCAAGCAGGAACGGGACCCUUAAAGCUCGGCGAAAAUGCCCUCGGCGCCGCGGGGACGGACAAGAUGGGGGAGGUGCCCCCACAGUGCGCCAGCGGGGUGGGUUCAGCUCCCAAGGAAAGCUCCGGCCUCCUCCCGGAGCUGGAGGGUGGAUUCGAGCUCGGGAAUUCGGGGUGGCCUGGAUCCCCCGAAUGCUUUCAACUUUUUUUGUGGUAGUCUAGGGGUUCUUGGAGGCCUUGGUUAGAAAACUCUCCUCCCCGGCCGCUGCGCACACUCAGAACGCGGCGCGCUGCGUAAUCAAGCCGCAGCCCAGCCGCAGAGAAAAGACACUAAAUAAAGCAACUGUACCACGGAGAGGAUGCUUAAAACCCAAAACUUCUGCGGCGGAGCAGCGGCUGGCCGUAUUUAAAUGACCCGGUGCCACUGCACCUCAGCUACCAGUCAGGCCCAGGGAGGCGCUCAGAGCCUCCCCAACCCGGCCAUCAGCCCUCCGGCCCUCUUGCGGCCGAAUCCCACCCUGUCCUCUCAGGACCCGGAGCCUGGGCCCACGGACUGCAGUGCAAGGCUGCCUGGGGACCAUUCCGGGAUGCCAGCCCGGGUCCCCGGAGCCCGGAGGUGGCAGCUAUGUGUCCAGGGCGCUCAGGGCGUCUCCCUGCCGCUGAUCUCUGGGCCCCGGGCUUCUCCGGGCGCAGCUCGCGGUGCCCAAGCCCGACCGUUCUCUCGAUUCCCGUUUCGGGGUCUCCGGGACCGUGGCCGCCGGUGGCGCCGCUGCGCCCCGCAAACCCACCCAGAGCCAGUGCGGCAGUGCCACCCCGCGCGUGGCUGCCUGGCGUGGAGUCUAAACCUGGGCCUGGCUUCGGGCAAACGUGGCUGCGUGUGCAUGUGUGUGCGGGGUCGGCGUGGGUGCCGGAGCUGGGGGGUGGUAGGGGCUGCCACCCAGUCCCGGCCGGGGCGGCGUACAGUAGCGCGCGGGGGCGCGCGGGCCAAUUCCAGGAGCGCGGCAGCCGGCCGCGCCCAGCCUGAUACCGGAAAGGCCUGUGAUUGGCCGUCGGUCUCCCCUAUGCAAACGAGCUGAGGGAAUGGAAUUCCUCGGGCCGGGCUUACAGUAAGAGCACGUUCAUUUCCAGGCACUCUCAUUCAUAGAGCCAGCGGGCGCGGGCAGGACGGGCGCCCCGCGGCCGGACCCAGCCAGGGCACCACGCCGCCCGGCCCCGCGGCUGGCACUUCCAUCCUGAGCUACCGGAGACGCAAGAAAGUCACCCUUUGCGGCUCUUCUUAGAUCUGCGUUGGACCUCCUUGUUUUCCUUUUCUUUUUGUUUUUCCUUUCUUACUUUUGAAUGAACCGGCGUCUAGGCUUUGGAUGUUUCAACUUUUCUCCUGGCUGUAAACUUUUCUCCGAUUGUUUCUUUUGACAACUGCGGGAGAAAGUGUUCCGGGCUUCCAGGCGAGCGGUGAAGUUGCGUGUGCGUGGCAGGGUGCGUGGGAGUGAGCGUGUGUAACUCGAGUCUACUGGUCUACGGCGCCUCCUCCCAGGCCCGCUCCACCUGCUGCGGUUACACGGUGCUCGCUCGUGGGUAUUUGUGCGCCCCAGCAGAAAACCAGCCAGCGCCGGGCGACGUUGGAGGAAGAUCAUCUUGCUACUGCCAGAGUCUGGGCUGACUCACUCAACCAAUGUAGACAGUGGCUGACUUCCGAAGAGUGCAAGUCCGCCUGUGUGUGUGUGACCCAACUGCGGCUCAACUCCCACCAAACCACAGGAUCAGCCACAAACUUAACCAUCGUUCCCAAACCAGAGUCCUCAGCUGUGGGAAGCUCUACCCUGAGUGUCAUCGAAUUUGAUUUUUUUUUUUUUUUUUUAAGAUUAGCUAGAGAUCUUCGUAAAGUACUGACCAUUUAUUUGGCCAGAAUUUAUUGAGAGAAUAAUGACAAGUGCUUCUAUCCCAGCCUUCUAACUACUGAAGCUGAUUUUCAAGGCUACUUAAAAAAAAAAAA